CCGGCUCUCCCUGACCCUCCGCCGGCUUCCCUGUCUCCGGCUCCUUCGCCGGCUCUCCCACAGGGUUCUGACCCUCCGCCGGCUCCCCCGGCUCCUGCUCCUCCACCGGCUCCUAUUCCCCCGCCGGCUCCCCCGUCUCCUGCUCCUCCGCCGGCUCCUGCUCCCCCGCCGGCCGUCAACCCUCCGCCGGCUCCCCCGGCUCCUGCUCCUCCGCCGGCUGCCGACCUGCUGCCGGCUCCUAUUCCUCCGCCGGCUCCCCUGUCUCCUAUGCCUCCGCCGGCUCCCCCGGCUCCUACUCCUCCGCCGGCUCUUCCGCCGGCUCCGGACCCUCCGCCGGCUCCCCCGGCUCCUGCUCCUCCGCCGGCUGCCGACCUGCCGCCGGCUCCUAUUCCUCCGCCGGCUCCCCCGUCUCCUAUUCCUCUGCCGGCUCCUAUUCCUCCGCCGGCUCCCCCGGCUCCUACUCCUCCGCCGGCUCUCCCGCCGGCUCCGGACCCUCCGCCGGCUUCCCCGGCUCCUGCUCCUCCACCGGCUCCUAUUCCCCCGCCGGCUCCCCCGUCUCCUAUUCCUCUGCCUGCUCCUAUUCCUCCGCCAGCUCCCCCGGCUCCUACUCCUCCGCCGGCUCUUCCGCCGGCUCCGGACCCUCCGCCGGCUCUUCCGCCGACUCUUCCGCCGGCUCCGGACCCACCGCCGGCCCUUCUGCCGGCUCCUCCGGCUCCUGCUCCUCCACCGGCUCCUGCUCCUCCGCCGGCUCCUACUCCUCCGCCGGCUCUUCCGCCGGCUCCUGACCCUCCACCGGUUUCCCCGUCUCCUAUUCCUCCGCCGGCUCCCCCGGCUCCUACUCCUCCGCCGGCUCUUCCGCCGGCUCCGGACCCUCCGCCGGCUCCCCCGGCUCCUGCUCCUCCACCGGCUCCUAUUCCCCCGCCGGCUCCCCCGUCUCCUGCUCCUCCGCCGGCUCCUACUCCUCCGCCGGCUCUUCCGCCGGCUCCUGACCCUCCGCCGGUUUCCCCAUCUCCUGCUCCUCCGCCGGCUCUUCCGCCGGCUCUGGACCCUCCGCCGCCUCCCCCGGCUCCUGCUCCUCCGCCGGCUCCUAUUCCCCCGCCGGCUCCCCCGUCUCCUACUCCUCCGCCGGCUCUCCCGCCGGCUCCGGACCCUCCGCCGGCUCUCCCGCCGGCUCCGGACCCUCCGCCGGCUCCUACUCCUCCGCCGGCUCUUCCGCCGGCUCCUGACCCUCCGCCGGUUUCCCCAUCUCCUAAAGCAAUGGGGCUGGGAGAGGACCGGCCCCACGCCAACCUCGGAUGCGUCGACCUCCACCGUGAAGAGAAGAAGGGAAGUUUGGGACUGGCCAUGACGGUGUCCCACCUUGAGCUCCUCCAUCUUGGCACGAACGUGGGCCACCUGCUCCAGGUAGGUUGA